AUGGCUGUAGCCACUGCUUGCGUGCGCGUCCCCACGUUCUGGAUUCGAAACCCGCUUCGGCGGCGACGCGAUCCCGAAAGCCCUUUCCGUUCUGAUCCGCAGGAGCGGCAUUCACACGUGCGGAAAGACGCGCGACCAGCGUCACGUGUGAAAGCGUCAGGGGGCAAAAGAUUUAAGAGUCGGGGAAGCCACGAACAUGGGAAAGGGGGAGGGGGAUAUGUGUACCUCGACUCCCCUGCUUGGGGGGUGGGGUGUCUGCGCGCCUCGGCGGGAGCGAGGGGCAUCCAGGUGGGCGAAAACGGAGCGGGAGCUCGGCGAUCGCGGCGGGUCAGGCGCCCGUUCCCCCUCCGCCUCCCGCGCUCAGCUUCCCCGCAGCAUCUCCACCCGGUCCAGAGCGAGCCCGGCACCUCCUGCCCGUCUUCCACGGCGAUCGGGGCGGCGAAGGCAGCAAGUGAAGCGCCCGGCAGCUCCGGCGAAGGCGGCGAUUCCAGCCACCCGGACCGAUUCGGAAGCGGCUCAGGGCACCGCCGGUCGCCCCGCCCGCGCUCACCGGAAGCGGCGCGCCCGGAGGGGGAAAGAAGCCGGAUCGGAAGUGGGCGCCUCUCUAGCCUCUACCCGAGGCUCUAUGAAUCUGCAAUAUCUAUGGGGCAUAUGGAGUAUGGAUUUCACUUCUCUCUACAUGCAAUUUACACAGCUAUUGAGACUUUUCCAUGUGCAGCAGAGGUGAAGAAACACAGAACACAUAAGAAUGCAAGGACACAGAGUCCCACCACCGAUGCUCAGGCAAAGGGGGACGUCACAAGGACAACGGCCGGUUUUUAGCCUAGAUCUGAAAGAUGCCCACCAAGAAAUGGCUCCCGCUGGCCAUCCUUUUCAAGCUCACUCUGCUGACAGACUUCCUGCUUGGUCAGAAGAAUCCUUGUGAAAAUGGUUUCUGUCGCCAUCCUGUUGGAGACCUACUUGUGGGUCGCGGUGACAGCCUAACAGCUUCAUCCACAUGCGGACUGUUUGAGCCUCAAAAAUACUGCAUUAUCGGCUACCUGGAGGUGAGUUUAUUUUAUAUAUCGCUCC